AUGAGUUUCUCCAGUAACGAACUGAAUUAUAUUGUAUGGAGAUAUCUAACCGAAUCAGGCUUUGAGCAUUCGGCAUAUGUGUUCGCAAUGGAGUCCAAUUUAGUAGACAGCGAUAUUGAUUGUACGGAAGUUGCAUCUGGUGCCCUGGUGAUGAUGGUUCAGCGUGGACUUUUCUACGCAGAAGCGGAGUUCCGUGCGAUGGCGAAUCCCGACAAUACCCCGAUGCUCGAUGAGAAAACGGACACGCUCGGACUCAUCGAAGCAGUCAUGACUGAGCCUCCUCUCAGCAAAUUCCGUAACUCUCAAGCAGUUCCUGUAUCGAACAGUGAAACAGCGACCCCUGCAAUGAUGUCACCAUCCCGGAAUAAUGGCACCACGUUAGGCGUUCACGGAAAGAAGCAACAAGCUGCUCAACAGGCGUCUAGCUUAACUGACGUGGCAACUCCACGAGCUGUUACUGGUGACUCUAAUGGCGUCCGCCAUACAGAUGCCCUUGAAUUUCCUGAAGAUAAAGUUCGCUUCCUGAAAUGCCACAGUAGUGAAGUGUUUAUCUGUGCAUGGAAUCCUGUCGAGGACCUAAUGGCAUCCGGAUCAGGAGAUUCAACAGCCCGAAUUUGGAACUUGGCAGGCUCAGAAAAUCCCGCAACACCAUCCAGAGAAUUUGAAGCACGCACGAAAGUACUGAAACAUUGCACGUCUGGGGAAUCCGAGAAGGCGCAACAGCCAUCGAACAAGGACGUGACGAGUCUUGAUUGGGAUGCCGCUGGUGACCUUCUCGCAACCGGUUGUUAUGAUGGUUUCGCAAGAAUAUGGACUGCCGAAGGCCGUCUCCGCUGUACGUUAGGAGCACACAAAGGUCCUAUUUUUGCACUCAAAUGGAAUGCUAAGGGCGACUAUAUACUUUCGGCAGGUGUGGAUAAAUCGACCAUUGUAUGGGAUGCUGUUAAAGGUCAGCAAGUGCAACAAUUUCAUUUUCAUACGGCCUCCGCCCUUGAUGUCGAUUGGAUCACAAACGACACGUUUGCUUCAUGUUCCACUGGAUAA